AUGCGGAUACCGUUACCGGGUAACGCGUACCAAAGCGGGGACCCGUCGGAGCCCGUAGCAAGGGAAAGUCCAAAGGCCGCCGCGGCGCGCGAGCGCCACAAGACGGGCCUAUUGAAACAACAGCCAGCGGCGAGAUGGAGGCGGGACUCAGGUUCCGCACUCCAGCUGCUGGCGUCCCUCCUGGUGUCGCGGUCCCCGUCGCCGAACCCCGAAUGGGAGGGCGAGGAGCGCAUCACGGAUAUAGAGCUGGAGGAGGAGGAGGAGGCCGGCGUCCGGCCGGCAGGGCAGGAGGCCGAGGUGGCAACUAUCGACCUGUCGUCGUCCGAGGAGGAGGAGGAGGAAGCCAAGGAGGACACCGGGACGGAGACGGUGAGUCCAGAGGUCUCCUCGGGCGAGGAGGACGAGCCUCGUCGGGCGGCGAAGGCCCGGAUGGCAUUCCGCCGAAUAAAGAGGGCCACAGCCGGAUUCGGGCGGAUCCGGUUGGGCGACGCAGCGCCAUCGGGCCGCCCGGAGGAGGCAAAGCGUAUAUUCGCAACCCGGGCAGAGGUGGUGCGGCGAGUAUUCGCGCAGCGGGCGGUGGCACGGGCAGCCACAGCAGCCAGAGAGUGGCAAAAGCGGCUGGAUGAGGCUGAGGCCGAAGAGGCAGCGAUCUGGGCACGGCCAGGCCCUCCGGAGCAGCCGCCGCUGCAAGCACCGCCACCGCCACCACCGUCGCCGCCUCGGGCAGCAGCACCGCCACCACCGUCGCCGCCUCGGGCAGCAGCACCGCCACCGCCACCACCGUCGCCGCCCGGGGCAGCAGCACCGCCGCCGCCACCACCGUCACCGCCGCAGGCACCACGGCCAUCCCAGGCACCACGGCACGGAGCGGAGACACCACCACCUCCACCGCCGCCGUGGGUGCCAACGCCAUCGCCGUUGCCAGCAAAACGGUUCGGUGGGGAGCCGGAGUUCUGGGAGAAGGGGCCCUAA